AUGGUUUUCAAUUCGUUGACGGAGGCCCCUCACAACCUCAAGGAGGGUAUUGACUGGUUGGUAGCCCUGAAGGAAGGCGAUGCUAAAAGCAACUUGGCUGCCAUGGGUUCCGCACUUUACGAUUUGCUUGCAGACAAGCCUGUCGGCUUCACGGAGGUGCCAGCUCUUGAGGCAGUCAAAGUUAUUACUAAGGAGUUCUUGGGGCUACCUGAGCUUAAAGGCCAGUGGUGCGUAAGAAGGCUGAAGGAUAGGUUCAACGGGUAUAUGACUAGAUUCAACUACAGGCGCGGUAAGCCCAUGUUAUAUGUCACCGACAGCGACUAUAACAACGCCAUAAAAGGCAAGGGUCUCACUGCCAAAGACAUCGCAGAGAACUUAGGUGAAGUUGUGGAUGGUUGUGAGAAGUUCUUGGAUGAUAUAAAAAACCCUGGCCAGUACAAGUCUGCUUACAGUUCAGAAGCGACGUGGGAUGUAUCAUGCGCGAAGAGACCUGAAGAUUGCGCAGUGAUCCUGGUGGGAAUUGCGCCAAUGUUAUACACGGGCCUGCAUUCUCUGUUGGAUGCGACUGGAGGCGGAAAGAUCGGAUUCAAGAUGUCUAAACCCAAUAGCCGUUCAGAAAAUCUGUUAAACGCAGUGGGUUACGAGGUGCCUCAAAGGCGCACUGAGAUAAUCGGUUCAGAUUUCCUCAAGGCGUUGGAUGCUGUGAGUUCUAAAAUGUUGGGCACAAUAUACGACCUCGCUGGAUUCUGGGCAUUCUAUGGAUCGCAUAAGAAAGGAGCUGUAAAAGCUGUAAAGUCUGUUGAGCCCGUGAAACCUGUGGAAUCUGUAGAGCCUAUUCAAGAUGAAGAGCCCGUAGAGGGCGUAGAAUCUGUGGAACCUAUUCAAGAUGAAGAGCCCGUAGAAUCUGUUGAACCCGUUCAAGAGGAACAAUUUGCGGGAGUUGAAGAACCUAUUCAAGCGGAACAAGCCGUGGAACCUGUAGAAGCUGCGAGGCCCACAGAAGGUGAACCUGCGAAAGCCACAAAACCUAAAAAAGACAAGAAGGGCAAGAAGGGUAAGAAAGGCAAAAAAGGCAAAAAGGGUAAAAAGACUGCAAAAGCUGUAGAAGCAGGUCAGCAAUAA